AUGUCACCACAAUCAGCCUCCCACGUUGUCCCCCUGCUCAGCACCCACAAGGCCAAUCGACAGGACCGGAGCCGCCCACAGAUCCAAGUGUAUCUGAAGAGUCACCGUCAAGUCUGCACCAAUGGGCUAUGUGCCAAGGCCCAAGACCUGCUGCUGCAGGUCGAUCCAGUGACAGACACAGCCAUGGCCCUGAGGGGACCCCGCCCUGCGCUCCUGCUGCCGCUCGCACUGCUGUCCGGUUCCUUGGGCCUGACUGGGGAACGUGGCACGUAUAAGAAGUUCAUGACGAGCCACUUUGAUUACCCUAAGACCAGUAAAAUCCGCAACGAGACCUAUUGCAACUACAUGAUGAGGAAACGCAACAUGCCCUGCAAACCCAUCAACAGCUUCAUCCACGCCCCUGAAGAAAACAUCAAAGCCAUCUGCAAAGAGAAAGGGAAACUCUACAAAAAGAACAUCUACAAGAGUAAAACAGCCUUCAAUCUCACCAUAUGUAAGAAUAAGACUCAAAAUGGCCAGUCCUGUACAUAUGAGGAAGAAAAAAAGACUUCCAAGAUCUGCGUGGCUUGUAACGAAGAGCACCUGCCUGUGCACUUCGAAAACACGACAGCAGCAGCACCUAUGUGUCUAGAGAAAAUCCAAACCCAACUGGGUCGCACCUCGACUGGGCUGCCCCACACCCACAUGGAGCGCAAGCAGAGAGCAGCUCUGAAACCUCAGGUGGGGACAGAGAGCUGAGCACAAGGGAGGACAAACAACAGAAACAAACCUGUAUGGCCCCCGCCAGCGCAAGCAACCUGCCUCAACGGGGAACCUCCCUGCUACCUGUAGCACC